AUGUCCGAAAGCAUGCGUCUGGUAAGAAGGCUGGCUCGGAGCGCGAGAUACGUAGCUGUCGAUACCGAGUUUCCUGGCGUAGUGGCCAAAGUCUUCGGUGAAUAUGUCAACACAUUCGAGCAGGCAUAUCACAAUAUCAAAGUAAACAUCGACAUGCUCCGGCCAAUCCAAAUCGGUUUCAGUUUCUUUGGUGAAAGAGGCCAAUGUGUGGAUUUGGUUUCCACCGUUCAGUUUAAUUUGAAGUGGAAUGUAGACAAUGAAACCCAUGCCGCCGAUUCAAUCCAGUUGCUUCAAGACUGUGGAAUUGAUUUCUACAAACUAAAACGUGAUGGAAUAGAGCUACUGGAAUUCGCUGAGGCUUUUCUUGUAAGUGGUCUAGCUCUGAACGACCAAAUUACUUGGAUUGGAUUCCACAGCGCUUAUGAUUUCGCAUAUAUGAUGAAAAUUUGUACAGAUUGGCUCCAGAUGCCGGAGAACUUCUCUGAAUUUCAACAUUUGUUGAUUUUGUUCUUCCCUCGCAUCGUGGAUCUUAAGGCGAUUAUGAAUGAACAUAAAUUCCUUAAGGGUGGUCUUCAGGAACUAGCCGAUGCUCUUCAUGUACAACGUGUUGGUUACAAACACCAAGCCGGAAGUGAUUCCAUGCUGACCGGUGAAACAUUUUUCCUCAACCUUGUAUACGGAUUGAACUAUUGUCCAAAUGGUUCUACGAAUGCGUUUUUUCCUAUGAGUGGAUGUAGCCUCGGACCAGAACUCAGCAGUUUUUACGUUACCGGAUUAUCUAAUUCUCAGCGGAAUAAAACUCACAGUGCUGAUCAUUCUGGUAGAACGUCCCCUGAAGGCUCCAUGAGUGGGCAUAAGAGCAGUUGA